AUGAAGGCAAAUCUCAUCAGGGCUUUCGCGACGACCCAGCCCAUCCACGGAGCUUCUUCCACGCCGGUAACCCGGACCUGCCGGACGCCGCUCACGGUCCCGCCACCGCCGGCCGUGCCUGGACCGGGGCUUCCCCAGGGCUCGCCCGCCGCAGCGGCGGGCCGUUCGCUUUUUCCUCGUCUCUCAGGGGGAAGGAAAGGAGAGGGGCCCAGGAAGGAGGAUGGAGGCCACGCGACCAGCGGCACCGUUCCCCGCCCCCCCAGCCGCCAGGGCCCGGCCCGCCGCGCCCCACGUUACCUCGGGCAGACCGGGGCCCGGCCCGGGCUGCGGGAGCCGGAAGAAUGCAUGGCCGGCGGAAGGAGACGGCGGCGGCCCAGGCGGCGCGGCCUCCCCGCUCCGGGCCCGGGCGGGCGGCGUGGAGACUCGGUCCCCAGGGCCCGGCGGCUGUGUGCGCCCGGGCUGGCGGGGCGGGGUGGCGGGAGGAGGAAGCGGCGGCGCCCCCGAGCGCCCUCUAACGAAGGCGCCGCCCGCCGGCCCGCUCGCUCGCUCCACCGACCCCCUAGUCCGCCUUGCGGGGCUCCCCGGGCCGCCUGGCCUAGGCCCGGAGCUCGCCGAGCCCCGGAGUCGGACAGAACGCCGCCCGCACGGAAGGUCAGGGAAGGGCCGGCCCUCCCGCCGAGCAGCGCACCGGCCCCUCUGGACCCCCCCUUUCAGCCCAAAGGGCCGUGCUGCAUUGUUGAGUCUCCUUCGCUGCCCGGGCUGGCACGCGCUCUCCUUUUCAUUCCUCAAGAAACCCGCUUGUGCUCAGGGCUUUUCGUCUGA